AAGGAAAGGGCAAGGUAACGCUAGCCAAUGGCACUUAGGAGAUAAUUUAGGCCGGGCUAAAGAGCAGAUAAACAGUGCAAGGUCUCCCGGAAGAAGUACAGAGGCUCCUAGGAAAGAAGGUGUUACAGAAAACCCAGAUCUUUCGAAAAAUAUGUGGAAUCCAAACGUCCCAGGUCAACCAGGAGCAGCAUACCCACCAAAUACAGGAUACCCACCUGCAACUAACCCAGCGUACCCUCCUGGUACAGUGCCUCCUGGUGCAUACCCUGGCACAUACCCUGGCCAGCCUGCUUAUCCUCCUGGACAGCCAGUUUACCCCCCAGGGCAGACUGUGUACCCUCCAGGGCAGCCUGCAUAUCCUGGGCCUCAUCCAGUACACCCUGGCCACCAGCCUGUUUACCCACCACAUUCUGGACCAUGCAAUCCUGGUAUGCCAGGAUAUCCAGCAAUGCCAGGAGGACCUUUCAUGCCUGGACAUCAUAUGGACAAGAAAAUGAAGAAGAAAAUGAAGAAAGCACACAAAGCACAUAAAUCCCACAAGCAUGGAAGGAAAUCAUCAUCAUCUUCCUCUAGCAGUGACUAAUGAUGCCAAGAAGUCUUGCUGGCUGAGCUGUAUGUAUGUGUCCCAUUCCAAGACAGCCUGAGCAAUGUCUUUUUAGAGUAAAGAUCAACAUUUAUUUGUUGCUGCCACGUAACCAAAGAAUGAUUUCUAAAUAUUACGGCGAGACUUACACAGCGAGAGCGAUGCUACUUACUCCCUCGGAUGCACUGUCCUUUUUUAUUUUGUUAACCUGCUUCUAACAAAUAAAGGAUUAAUUUACUAUUUUAAAA